AUAAAUAAUAAUAAAAUAAAUAAACAUCAAAGCUACUUUUAUGCCAUGCUUCUGUGUAUCUUAGGUGUGUUUGGGGCCAGAAUUAUUGGGGGUGAAGUGGUAAAGCCUUAUUCCAUCAAGUAUCAGGCCUCCCUCAUGUACAGUGAAUCCCACUUCUGUGGAGGCACCCUGAUACACCCGCAGUGGGUGGUGUCUGCUGCCCACUGCUGGAAGCCGAGUCACAUGAUAGUAGUGGUCCUAGGUCAGCACAACCUUGUACUGCGGGAAGGAUUUCAGCAGACCUUCAACGUUUCAUUAAUCAUCAAACAUUACCAGUACAAUUACUGGAUGCUUGAUAAUGAUAUCAUGAUGCUUAAGCUGGACCGUCCAGCCAACAUCAAUGCAGUAGUGGAGCCGGUCCUUUUGCCAGAUGUGGGCGCUCCCCCUUUGGAAAACUUGGCCCGAUGCACAGUCAGUGGCUGGGGUGUGACCUGGAUCUAUGGCCAAACUCUGUCAAAUGAACUGAUGUCUGUAGAUGUGGAUUAUUUCUCAAACUGCUGGAAUUACUACUACUUCAGGAUCACAAGCAACAUGAUUUGUGCUGGCUCUCUCACUGGUGGGAAAGACUCCUGUCAGGGUGACUCAGGAGGACCGCUCGUCUGCAACGGUAAAUUUGAAGGAAUUGUGUCGUGGGGUAUCGGCUGUGGUUAUGCUUUUUACCCCGGUGUCUACACCAAAGUCAGAAACUACAUUUCAUGGAUGAACUGGGUCAUACAGAACAAUUAAUGAUUCCUUCAUUCACAGAUAAGUUUGCUGUCAUAAUUAUUUAAAUAGAUCCUAAAGGAUGUUUUUUUUUGUUUGUUUUUUUUUGUCUUUUACAAUUCUUCUAUAUAAACUUGAAUAUAUCUACAUAAAUUGCAUUACCAGAAAUAUACAUUGUAAUAAAAUGACUUCACUCUGACUUUUUUUUCCACUGAAUGGGUAUUGCCUGAAUUCUUGUUAAUAUAGAGACUCACCAAGUAUGGCUAAAUUUUCAGUUAAAUGCACUGUGUAUUUUGCAGUUAUUACACUGUGUUUUUCAUAAUGACAUAAAAGCAUCUAAAUGAUUCUGUCUGGAAAUACUUUCUCAUCAAAGGUUCAAUUUCUCUAAUGACUACUAAAAAAAAAAAUAAAUAAACAAUACAUGUAUUUUCUCAAACUGGCUCUUUUGUUUUUGAUCACUUUGCUCACCCUGACAAACAAGAUUAGGAGUUAAAGCAAAAAGAGAAAUCCUUCUCCACUAACUUUCAGCUUAACCCAU